GGAAGUCGGUCAGUCGUUGCUUAGCGCUCCUUCAGUGCGCAACUACUUUUCGCCACUCCCGUGUUGCUGUCGAUUGUCGUGAAUUUAUCGUGAAUUGAAAGUGAACGUGGUGCAGAUUUGUUUUCAGCUGCUACUUAUGGUUCGGCGAAUUUUGGAGCAGCGAUCUGUGACUCUUCAAGAUUCAUUUUGAAUCUUCAUGAAUAUUUGUCACGUUAAAAAGCUUCUAUCUAUUAUUCAAACUGGUUCAUCCGUGUUGGAAGCAGCUGCUACGAUCUUCGAGCAAGGUGAAUGAUCAUCUCGGAUAGAUGCUCCACACUUCAUUCACAUCGUAAUGGAUCCAACCGAGACGAUGUUUGGAACUGCUGACAAAGAGCUCAAUAUACUAAGGGUACUGAUGGUGCUAGUGCUGAUGAUGAGUGUGGCCUACACAGAAUGUCCGCCAGAGUGCUCCUGCACCCUCGACAUCCGGGGGCGGCGCCAGGUGACCUGCACCCAAGGUGGCAUGAUCAACUCCAUCCCCACCCUCGUCAUGGACACUCAAGUGGAGGUGCUGCACAUCUCCGCCCCCGACGAGAACCAAAACUACCUGACCAUCGGCCCCAUAUUCCAGCACUUAUCUCACCUCGAAGAACUUCGCAUCGUCAACUCGAACGUUCCCGCCAUCGGCAAACACUCGUUCUGGGGUGUACCAACCUUGAAGACCAUCGACUUGGCUCGCAACAACAUCAGCCAGGUGCUUGAGUCCAAUUUCAUGGGAUUGGCCAACCUGUUCGAGCUCUAUCUUGACGAUAAUCGAAUUGAGUCGAUGCAUAGUGGCACCUUCAGACACCUGCAGGAGUUGAGAGUUCUGUCUCUAACCAAAAACCGUAUCACUGAGUUGGCGCCAAGACUGUUUCUCAAGUUGGCCAAACUGCAAAAGCUGGAUUUGAGCGGCAACAGUUUGGAGGAACUCAAUCCGGAAGUCUUCAAAGAUGUGCAGGAGCUCCGAGUGUUCUCAUGCCGAGACUGUGCACUGAGGAACAUCAACACGCACAUCUACAGCCUGCUGUCAUCACUCACCCACCUGGACCUGGGCAACAACCAGUUCAAGUACAUCGCCUCCGACGAGUUCAAAGACCUCAAAAAGUUACAAGUGCUGCGUUUGGAUGGAAAUCAGAUCCCAGUUGUGUUGGAGCGGACGUUCAGCGCCCAAAAGAAGCUGCAGACGCUGUGUUUGGCGCGAAACCGCCUGGCGAAGGUCACAGACGCUGCUUUCGCGAAUUUGACAACACUGAAAGAGCUGGAUUUGUCUUACAAUAAACUGGACCGGAUUGAGACGGUGGUAUUUGUGCCGCUAUCAGACUCCUUGCGGUCACUGAACAUUAGUGGGAAUGGCAUAGCAGCCACUGAUCUAAAGUACACCCUACAAGUGAUCACCAAACUGAAAGAACUCUCGCUGGCUGACAUGCAACUGGUCGACCUACCUUUGGGACUAUUAGUCUAUGUUGAACACCUGAGGUUCCUGAACCUGUCGGGCAACCAGAUGACCCACUUCCCGGCCCAGGUUCUGGCCCCAGUGCCCAGAUUGACCGAGCUCGACCUGUCCAGGAAUCAGUUGCAUGGUCUGGAUGAGCGCGGUGCCGUGCGCCUGGAGAUGCUUCCCCUGCUGCAUCUGCAUGGCAACCCAUGGUCAUGUGACAUGUGCCACAUCAUCCCCAUGCUCACAAGGGUCAACAGGUCGUUGGCCAUGAGGAAUAUUGUUUGCAGACUGCCGUACGGCGUGCAAGGUCGCACGCUGGGCGCUCUCGGCGAGGGCGAACUGGCCUGGUGCGGCGGCCUGGGCUACGGCCGCGAGGACGGGUUCGCGGGACUCAGUCUGGCGCACCGUUCGCAGAUCGGCCUGAUAGCCGCGGGCGCGGCUGUCGCGCUGCUCCUUAUCACGGGCGCGGCUCUAGUCGCCACCGUUGUCUACUCCAAGCACCACACUGCCUACUACUACACGCACGAGGAGAAGCGUGGUCCCGAGCACGACGCCAUUUUCGAGAACCAUGUCGCUAUCGGCGAGACGGGGAAGUGUAAGCCGACCUCUGUCACCGCCUCAACCACCAUCACUACCACCGUCAAGAAAGUGUCGAUUGCCACCAUUGAUGAAAUCACCAAGGAUCCUGAUCUACAAGUUUUGGCCAACGGCACGUGAGGACGGUUGUUUGGAGUCGCUACUACACAGCUUUGACUCCUCAAAACUACGAAACUUUCAAUGCAAUCUCAUCAUAUAAAUAGAACUGUGUGUGUGUUUUUUACCAUGUAAGGUUAGGUUAGGUUGAGGUUAUCAACCCCAUCGAUCUUCAAGUUCUGGCCAACGGUACGUGAAGAUGGUUGUUUGGAGUCGCUACCACACAGCUUGUGUCUAUUUCAGCAAUCACAGCUUGUAAUUUGAACUUUGUGUGUAUUUUACCAUGUUAGGUUAGGUUAGGUUGAGUUUGAUAACCUCAAGUAGAGACAUUUUUGUCCUUGGGAUCACCGCUACACGACUUCGACUCGUCUCAUCUUUAAAAGAAUGCGAGGUUUACUGCAGUCACCCGAUGAAAGGUAGAACUGGAUGUGUUUUGUAUCAAAUAAGGUUAGGUUAGGAUGAGUUUGCUAUGCUCAUGUUGAGACAAUUAUUGUUCUUGGAGUCGUCACCACAUAAUAGCUUUGACACCUCAUCUUUGAAACUAUGACACAUUUACUGCUAUCACAACAUAAUGUAAAUAGAUCAAUGACUGUUUUGUAUCAUGUAAUAGAGGCCACCAACAACAGGACAAGUGUGUUGAACAUAUGUGUACACACAUGCUUCUAUGUAUGUUGUGUAAUCAGUUUUUCAAGGUUAGAUUUUUGUUUCUCUAGUAUUUUUUUCCUUCUUUGCUGCUCUAUAUAUGAGGUUUAAAUAUUUUUGUAUAGUUACAAUUUGUAAUUCUCCAGUUCAUUUUUGUGAGAAGCUGUUAUCAAAUAAAUGUUUCUUCGUUAAAAGCCUUACAUGUGAAUGUAUUUUUAGUUUGAAGACAUGUUAGUUCACACAUGCUUCACACACUUGUCCUGUCUUUAGUGUUAUCAAGGAAGUUCAUGUUAGGUUGGGUUUGCUAUAGCCUCUCAUGAAUACAGUAGUUGAAGACUGAGUCACCACCAUAGCUUUAUUGACUCUCCAUAUUCAACAUUAAGGCGUAACCUCAUGAUAGCCGUAAUCUUGUGUUGUACAAAACAGUAGAUUUAUUAUUGAUGGAAGACAAGUAUGGAUUGUGUGUGUUUUGUAUUAUUUCAGGCUAGGUUAGGUUAGGUUAAAUCAUUAUUACAUGAUUUAUAUAUGGUCAGAAUGAGAAUAAUAUAUGAACAGGACAGUGUGCCAUGAUUUCUUGAAUGUGAAACGUUUCUGUCAUUGUAAAUACUUUUAUAUUGCAGAGAGUGCAUGUCAGAUUUCCCACUAUGCUAUAUCUUUGAUUAGUUUGCAUCAACAAGUGAGAAUUCCUUUGUCUAUAGUGUUGUAUGCAACUGAAUCAAAAUUUAUUUAUAUGAUUUUUAGAAUAUUUUAAAGAUUAGAUAAAAGUGCUCUAUCUUUUGGUGUGUAUGAAGAUUUAUUGUGAAAAGUAGAAUAGUAGUCCCGACUUAAUGUUUUAUUUUGUAUAUUUAUUCAAGACUAUAUGAUUCACUGUAAGAAGAUAAUAAUUAUAUUCCAAUCAGUGAAGAACAGUGUAUUAGAAUGUCAUCUGUAAGCUGAAACCGUAGGUACCGUACUUUAAUCAUGUAGGAUUUUUAUAAUGAUGAUUUUUGUGAACCCCAAUAUUAUAAAGUUCAAAUUCUGACCAUAUCAGAAUCUUCAAGUAGUUCAACGAUUGAUUGCAUCAUCUUGUGCAACCUUUACUAACCGAUUGUUUCUUUUUGAUUCACAAAAACUGAGAUGAUGUACGGUAGCCGAAUUUACUGAAUAUUACUUCCAUCUUCCAAUGUUGAAAAUGCCACGUCUUCAACAAGCUUUGAAUAUCGAUGAAUACUGGGAAUUGAUUCGUGAUAAGUUGGAUUAGCUUAUUCUGAUGAAUGGAUUGACAUGAGAUUAUAUAACUGACAAAAACUCCAUUAUUUCCAAUAACUUCUCUCUUAUAUAUUGUGCUGGGCUCUUCCAAGAGAUUCAUUUACACAUUUCUAUAAGAGAUUAAAAACCUGCUCAUUCUAGUUUUACUUGGUGAACUUGAUUAGAGCACGAUGACAGGGAAGAAUCUUUUUAGUUUAUUAUUCCAAAUUCCAUGUACCGUAGAUAAUACUGAACCAUUCAUUAUUCAAAUGCCGUCUUUCCAUUAAUGGGAAAGCUCUCCGAAAGUAGUAGAGAAAUUAAAUAUUGGUAUGGUGAUGACAGUGACUCCUAGAUUUUGAUUAUUUCGCAAAAAUUAUUAAGAAAAUGGAAGAAAACUUCAUCUUCCAUGGAACAGUAAACUUCCAACUUCCUUCAACCAACUUUUGAUCAGGGAGCAGGUAUCUUGUGCACUUGAUCAUGCCAGAAUGAAAUGUAUCAACAUUCUCUUAUAAUUAUAAACUUAAAUUGACUUUUGAAGGCAACAACCCACCUUAUUCGUUCGGCAAUAAUUUUCGGCACCACAGUAUCUCUUCUUAUUCUCCUUUUUCUCAUUCUCCUUCUUCCGUAGUCUCUUCUUCUUCAUGGAAGUUGUUCAUUUCAGAUAAGUUUUCUGGUAAUUUGGUUACAGGGAGCUCUCUCUACCUAUUAAAGUAAUCUAAUUUCUAAACAAAUUUCAUUCUUGAAAUGGGGUCGAUUCGUUCGCUUCUUUGCCGGUGAAUUUAUUUUGGUAGGAAGCUUUCAAAAUGAUUGAGCUGUGUUCCAGCUCUUAUGGAGUUGAGACAUGCCAUUUUGUUGUAGCAGAAGAGUAGCAGAAAUAAUUGAAGAGAGAUAAGCGCUCUAUGACUGUAUGACUGCUGUGACACAAUAUUACAUUUUUGAUGUCGUAAUUACUAUCAGAUUUCAAUACAAUUUAACUUUUCAAAAUAAUUCAUUGUUUGUAUAACAUUGACUAUAACUUUUGGUUAUAUUUUUCUGUUGAUCUGACUGAUCCGAGACACGAUUUGAUAUUCAGAAAAUCUCGAUUCAGCGUAUGGAUGGAUGCACAUUUGUUCUAUUCCCGAGAUUGAUUCUUUUAAUAAUUAAGAGAAAAACGUUUGAAUAGAAGUAAUUUAGGCUACUGUUGUUGACACAGAACAUCUGUGUGAAGUAACAUCUCCAAAGAAUAGAAGUAAGUCACAAGAUAAAUGGAAUUUCUCAUUGUAUAUAGUGUAAAUUACUUUAUAGUGUUUGAUGUAUAAACUUCCCCAUAUUUUUUUUUAGUCAUAUUAACACCCUUUGUUCGAUAGAAGUAUAAAAUAUUAGGUUUUUUAUUGUAUAAUUUGAAAGUGUCAUUAUAGUACAGUACAUUAUUACAUUGUACAUCUAACUAUUCAGUGCAUAUAUACAGUUUAAUUUAAUUUCAAUAAAAACAGACUUUCUUUAGUUUUAUUUUGAUGUUUUCUUGAGCGGGUAAUGUUUUCUUUAACUUUAAAUGUGUAAUUUGAAUGUUAUUAAUAGGGCACUAAAUAGUAAAUACUUUCCGAAAAAUGAAUUCAAAACUAUUUUUUCCAAAUUAUAAUCACUUAUUGUAAAUAAAAAAGUAAGAAAUAAAUCUUUGAGUUAAUUAACUAUCAUGUGUGAUGACUGUAUCACUGUUAUUUUAAAAUAUUAGAAUUAUUCCGCGUUAAUGGAUAAAAAAGUUUAGAAGAUAUGGACGAUAUUUUGAAAUUGGAACAGAUUUCUAUGGUAAUUAUCAUGAAUAAUGCCAAAUAUAACACUAUUUUUUAAUAAAGAUUUUUUAUAACAUG